UUUUAGGGUUCUGUCUCCAGCGCCCCCAAACUCAUCACCACUCAUACCAAAAUGGCCGACGAGGUUACAGUGCAAAAAGCGCGGUUCUCAGACCGAGUCCGCAUCCGCUCGAUCCUGGGCCGACCCGACGGCGGAGCCGGGCUCGCGGGUCAGAAGGUCCGAAUCAGCGGGUGGGUCAAAACGGGAAGGGAGCAAGGGAAAGGCGCUUUCGCUUUCCUCGAGGUGAACGAUGGAUCGUGCCCUGCGAAUCUUCAGGUUAUGGUGGACGCCUCUGUGUCGGAUCUCUCCAAGCUGGUUGCGACGGGGACUUGUGUGACUGUUGAUGGGUGUCUGAAGAUUCCUCCGGAAGGGAAAGGGACGAAGCAGAAGGUUGAGCUUAGUGUAGUGGAGGUGGUUGAUGUGGGGACUGUGGAUACUGCUACGUACCCGAUUCCGAAGACGAAGCUGACUCUUGAGAGGUUGAGAGAGUUUCCUCAUCUUCGUUCUAGGACCAAUUCGAUCUCAGCCAUUGCAAGAAUCCGACACGCUCUCGCUAUAGCCACACACACAUUCUUCGACGAAGAAGGUUUCCUCUACAUUCAAACCCCAAUCAUCACAACAAGUGACUGCGAAGGCGCUGGAGAGAUGUUCCAAGUAACAACUCUCAUCAGCCACACCGAGAAGCUAGAGAGAGACCUCAUCGAAAACCCUCCUCCCACCGAGGCCGACGUCGAAGCCGCCAGACUCAUCGUCAAGGCGAGAGGCGAAGCCGUCGCCCACCUCAAAUCCGCUAAAGCAAGCAAGGAAACGAUCACCGCCUCCGUUGCUGAACUCAACGAAGCAAAAGCGAGCUUAUCCAGAACCGAAGAGAGGUCAAAGCUCAAACCCGGACUACCUAAACUCGAUGGAAAGAUUGAUUACACUCAAGACUUCUUCGGCCGCCAAGCUUUCUUAACGGUCUCAGGUCAGUUACAAGUGGAAACCUACGCCUGCGGUCUGAGCGACGUGUACACGUUUGGUCCUACUUUUCGAGCAGAGAACUCUCACACCUCGAGGCAUCUCGCCGAGUUCUGGAUGGUGGAGCCUGAGUUAGCUUUCGCCGAUCUAGAGGACGAUAUGAACUGCGCGGAGGCGUACGUGAGGUACAUGUGCAAGUGGCUGCUCGAGAAGCGGUACGAUGACAUGGAGCUAAUGGCCAAGAACUUCGACAAAGGGUGUAUCGAUAGGCUGAAGCUGGUUGCGUCGACUCCGUUUGGUAGGUUAACGUAUACCAAAGCGAUAGAGCUUCUUGAGGAAGCUGUGGGGAAAGGGAAGGAGUUUGUUAACCCAGUGGAGUGGGGGAUCGACUUAGCAUCUGAGCACGAAAGGUACUUGACAGAGGUUGUGUUUCAGAAGCCUCUGAUUGUGUACAACUACCCGAAAGGAAUCAAAGCUUUCUACAUGAGGCUUAACGAUGAUGGGAAGACUGUUGCUGCCAUGGAUGUCCUCGUUCCAAAGGUUGGAGAACUCAUUGGUGGAAGCCAAAGGGAAGAAAGGAUUGACGUUAUCAUGGAAAGAAUUGAGGAGAUGGGACUACCAGUGGAGCCAUACGAGUGGUACUUGGACUUAAGGCGUUACGGAACAGCGAAGCAUUCAGGGUUCGGACUUGGGUUCGAGCGUAUGGUUCUGUUUGCGACAGGAAUGGACAACAUCAGAGACGUUAUUCCCUUCCCUCGCUAUCCUGGAAGAGCUGACCUUUAAGAAGAUUACCUUUGCACAAAACUCAUUUUUAUGUUUUUUAUAUAUAUGUUGCUGCUCGGUCUGGUUUUGUGAACCAGUUCCGGUUAAUUUUACAUUAUACGUUGCUUAAUGAACGAUUUGGAUAUUUUACGAGGGCAUGGAACUGGUUUUGUUCGGUUAUCUGGAGAAAUUAAGUUUCAC